AUGCAAACAGAUACAGAGCUGUUUCCAGAGCCAGCAGAGUCGGCGUUCGUAAUGCAGCAUUUGCGCUCCAUCAUUAUCCAUUCGUUGGACUCGUUUAACUUCGCCAACGCAGAGUUUGCCUGUGAACGUCUCUUGGCCAUGGACUUGGAGAACUUGGACUCAACAUACUUGUACAACUUGACGCUUUUCCGUCAGGGCAAGUACAAAUCGUGCUACGCUAAAAUGAUCAACUCCGAUGCCUGCGAACAUUUGGGCUGUGUGUUCAUCUUGGGUCAGUGCUGCUUGAAGCUCCAAAGAUACAAAGAGGGUAUCUACCAUUUGUUGAAGUUGAACUAUCUCUACAACGAGUCUAGCUUAGAAGAGGGCAUGAAUACAGACAGCCUGUAUGAUCCAUUUUUCUUUGUCACUCCGUCGCAGAAAUACCACUACGAAUUCAGAAGAAAAAUCAUGCCGGACUCCUCGAUGAUAUACCACUUGCUAGGAGACUUGUACCGAGGGAUGAAUGACGUCAAGAACAGUGCCCUCAAUUAUGCUCAGGCACUCAAGUUCAACCAGUACGAUUUCGAGGCAUUUCAGGAACUAUGCAAACUCGGAUCUGUAGGCUCAAGAGGUAGUCUAAAGAGAAACACCUCAACAUCGUUAAUGCCCAACGAAGUUGGAUCGAGUUCUGCGGGUGCUGGAGUCGGAGCAGGUAGCAAGCCGUCAAUUCUUGUUAAUAAGGAAAUCGAGAAAAGUGAUAAGUACUUGUACAAAUUGUACAUAAUCUUUGCAAAGAGUUUCAAAAGCAUGAGUAAGUACGAUUGUUACAAGGCUAUCAGAUUGUUAGUGUUAUUGCCUGAGAGAGAGAAGGAGACACCAUGGGUGUUGAGUAAGCUAGGUCGUUUGCACUUCGAGAUUGUUAACUACAAACAGUCUGAAUACUACUUUAUCAAGUUGAGAAAGUUGGACCGAACAAGACUAGAAGAUAUGGAGUACUACUCCACACUUUUGUGGCAUUUGCAUAGAAAAGUAGAGUUGACCUAUUUGGCGAACGAAUUGCAUGAUUUGGAUACCGAAUCUCCAAUUACAUGGUGUACCAUUGGUAACUUACUCUCUUUAACCAGAGAACCCGAUGAGGCAAUCAAGUGUUUCAACAAAGCCAUCAAGUUGGAUGAUAGUUUCACCUAUGCCUAUACAUUGAAGGGACACGAAUACUUUGGAAAUGACAACUACGAAAUGGCGCUCGAGAACUUCCGCAUGAGUUUGUUGAUAGAUUCAAGACACUACAAUGCCUUAUACGGUAUUGGCAUGGUGUAUAUCAACCUCGGGGACUAUCAGAAAGCCGACUAUCAUUUCCGCAAGGCAGUAUCCAUCAAUCCCAUUAAUAUUAUCUUAAUAUGCUGUGUUGGUAUGGUACUCGAAAAGUUGAACAAGAAGCACUUGGCAUUGAGGCAAUAUGAACUUGCGAAUAAAUUGCAGCCAACCAAUCCAUUGCCUAUUUUUAAGAUGGCUCAGUUGCUAUUCUCGAUGCAGCAGUAUCCACAGGCAUUGAAGUACUUUGAGAUCUUGAAGGAUUUGGCACCGGACGAAGCUUCGGUUCAUUUCCUUUUGGGACAACUCUACAACGUCCAAAACGACAAGUUCCUGGCCAUACGCGAGUUUACCAUUGCUUUGAAUUUGGAUCCCAAGGGUAACUAUCUUAUUGGCGAAGCGAUGGAGUCUCUUAAAGACAAGUAA